AUGUAUCCUGUCUGCGCGUCGGUCUCCAUUUUGCGGAACACGCCUGUCCCGCUCGGUCACGUGCGCAAGGAGCUCGCUCCCCAUUGGCUGGAGAGGACCACUCUGCUCGGGGACGCGGAGACGUCGGAACCCAGCGGAGACGACUCGACGCGACGAAGAGAACAAGAAACAAGAAGACGACACCCGAAAGAAAAAAGUCCGCCUCGCGAUGGCCGACGGUCGCGAAGAAGAAAAGCUAACGAGACUGGUUUGCCCUUGCACGCAGCGUCGCCGUCGCCACCACGCCGGCGUCCCAGAGGCCCGGACGACGACGCCUCGCCGUCCGAGCGCCGCGUCUGGCUGCCGGUGCGGCGCGCCCGCCUGGGGGAGGCGUGCCGGCAAAGCGCCGCCGCCCUCCUGGGCCUCAGAAUCCCGCUGGCGCCGCUCUUUGACGUCCACCAGGUGCCUGAGGUUUUCCGCGAGGACGGCAUCCUGUCGGGCUACCGUCACCCGCGGAGUUCGGCGCUGGACUGCCUGCUCAGUAGCUUCCGCUUGAACAACGAGACCCUCAACAUCUGGACGCACUUCCUGCCCACCUGGUACUUCUUGUGGCGCCUGGCGUCGCUGAGCCGCAGCGUCAACUUUUGGAGCGACGCCUACACGUGGCCCCUGCUAUCCUACAUGCUGCCGGCCUGCGCCUACCCCUUGGCCUCCUGCUGCGCGCACACCUUCAGCGCCAUGUCGGCCGAGUGGCGACACGUCUGCUACUUCCUAGAUUACGCCGCCCUCAGCCUCUACAGCCUCGGCAGCGCCAUCUGCUACGGCCGCUACGUGAUGCCCGACGCCUGGCUGGACGGUUGGCUGCACCGCCACUUUGUGCCCGUCGCCCUGGUCAACAGCUUCUUCUGCACCGCCGUCUCCUGCUACUCGAGGUCUUUCGGUCGCUUCGUGGCAAUACCGUCGGUGGAGGCGGACUUCCCUCAGAAGAGCAAAGCGUUGCGCACGGCGGCCUUCGCGGUGCCCUUCGUCUUUGACAGCUUGCCCGUCUUCUACAGGCUGCUGGCGGCAUGCGGAGGCGGCGGCGAUGGCAGCAGUGGCGGCGGCGAGGCUCUGCUCGCCCAUUUUUACCAGGUGACCUUGGCCUUGCUCACCUGCUUCCUCUUCACGUCACACCUGCCCGAAAGGUUGGCGCCGGGCCGCUUCGACUACUUUGGCCAUAGCCAUCAGCUAUUCCACGUGUGCGCGGUAGCGGCGACGCACUUCCAGAUGAGGGCGGUGCUGAGCGACAUGACGUGGCGGCGGGCGCGACUGGAGGCGGCGGGGCCCGCCCCUUCCCUGCGCGCCACGGCCGGCGCCCUGGCCCUGGGCCUGGCCCUCAACGCCGUCGUGGUGGCCCUCUUUAGCGCGCCCCUUCUUCGCCGCCGCCGCCGUGCGACAAACUCCUCAGCGCAAGGAUGA